AUGACCAUUUUUGAGCAUUUAUGGACAUUACAUUUGCCAUGCUUAAGAGAAGAUACAUUGGGAAGAGGGGAGGGAGGUGGCUUGGGGAACGGGGGUGCCAAGCGCCAUCGUAAAGUGCUUCGGGAUAACAUCCAAGGUAUAACCAAGCCAGCGAUUCGUCGCUUGGCUCGACGCGGGGGGGUGAAGCGUAUUUCAGGCUUGAUCUACAAAGAGACCCGGGGAGUGCUGAAGGUGUUCUUGGAGAACGUGAUCUGCGAUGCUGUCACUUACACUGAACAUGCCAAGCGAAAGACUGUAACAGCUAUGAAUGUGGUUUAUGCUCUGAAACGCCAGGGCCGUACUCUCUAUGGUUUUGGCGGCUAA